AGGCCGCAGAAGCGCACUUCCGGUCUUUGUGGCUCGCCGCUCCGAGUCGGCGGCUUGCACCCUGGCCGCUGCUGGGCUUCGCGGAAAGAAGAGAUUACUCAAAGAAACUCUGAACAUACUGUACCCAGUUGUAGUGAGCUUUUUGCUCCACUGUUUAGGUCAGAAUGGCUGUGGAAUCCAGAGCAGUUUCAACCUUGGUACCUCAGAGUCCUCAGGAUCAAGAACUAAUACUAGUGAAAGUAGAAGAAAGCCUUUCCUGGGGUCAGAAAUGUAAGCAGAGUGGGAGCAUCAGAUCCUGCCAAGAACUGUUCCGCCAGCAGUUCAGAAAGUUUUGCUACCAGGAGACACCUGGGCCCCGGGAAGCUCUGGGCCGACUCCAGGAGCUUUGCCAUCAGUGGCUCAUGCCAGAGUUGCACACCAAGGAGCAGAUCCUGGAGCUGCUGGUGCUGGAGCAGUUUCUGAGCAUCCUGCCUGAGGAGCUGCAGAUUUGGGUUCAGCAACAUAGUCCAAAAAGCGGCGAGGAAGCUGUGACCCUGUUGGAGGAUUUGGAGAGGGAAUUUGAUGAUCCAGGGCAGCAGCAGGGACCAGCAGUACCAUGGAAGGAUUUGACAGGUCUUGGAACAUCCCAAGAGUUAACAAACAUCCAACUCCAGCCUUUAAAGACACAGCUGAAACCCUGGGAACCUUGCCUUUCCCCCCAAAAUGAUUGUGAGAACGGUGAAUCAGUGACCAAGAAGGACAUUUCAGGAGAAAAAUCACAAGGACGUCCCCAGGAACCUUCAUCUGGAGGAGUUAGUGAACACAACAGCGAUUUAGAGUGGCAACAAGAAAGUGCUACGGGGGAGAAAUUAAGAAGAUACCCUUCCCAAGAGGGCAGUUUUAGUCAAGUAAUCUUCACACACAAAUCUCUGGGAAAGAGAGACCAUCAUGAGCCUCAAAGCAGCUUGAUUCUAAGUACAAACUCUAUAACUUAUCAGAAAGUUCCUACAGAAGAGAGACCUUAUAGAUGUGAUGUAUGUGGGCACAGCUUCAAACAGCAUUCCUCUCUAACACAACAUCAGAGAAUCCAUACUGGAGAAAAGCCCUAUAAAUGUAACCAGUGUGGGAAGGCUUUUAGUUUGAGGUCCUACCUUAUCAUUCAUCAGAGAAUUCACAGUGGUGAGAAAGCAUAUGAAUGUAGUGAAUGUGGGAAAGCCUUCAAUCAGAGCUCAGCCCUCAUUAGACAUCGCAAAAUUCAUACUGGGGAGAAAGCUUGUAAGUGUAAUGAAUGUGGCAAAGCAUUCAGUCAAAGUUCGUAUCUCAUUAUACAUCAAAGAAUUCACACUGGUGAGAAACCCUAUGAGUGUAAUGAGUGUGGGAAAACCUUUAGCCAAAGCUCAAAGCUUAUUAGACACCAGCGAAUUCAUACAGGAGAGAGACCUUAUGAAUGUAAUGAAUGUGGAAAAGCUUUCAGGCAGAGUUCAGAGCUGAUAACCCAUCAGAGAAUACAUAGUGGAGAGAAACCCUAUGAAUGUAAUGAGUGUGGAAAAGCUUUCAGUUUGAGCUCAAACCUCAUCAGACAUCAGAGAAUUCAUAGCGGAGAGGAACCUUAUCAGUGUAAUGAAUGUGGCAAAACCUUCAAAAGGAGCUCAGCCCUUGUUCAGCAUCAGAGAAUCCAUUCUGGGGAUGAAGCUUACAUAUGUAACGAAUGUGGGAAGGCUUUCAGGCACAGAUCAGUCCUCAUGCGCCACCAGAGGGUCCACACUGGAGUGAAACCCUAUGAAUGUGAUAAGUGUGGAAAGGCCUUUAGUGUGAGCUCAGCUCUGGUUCUGCAUCAGAGAAUUCAUACAGGGGAGAAACCCUAUCCUUGUACUUGGUGCAUUAAAAGUUUCAGUCGGAGCUCAGACCUUAUUAAACAUCAAAGAGUCCACACUGGUGAAAAACCUUAUAAAUGUGAUGAAUGUGGGAAAGCCUUCAGUCAGAGUUCUGAUCUCAUUAUCCAUCAGAGAAUCCAUACAGGAGAAAAACCCUAUCAAUGCAGUCAUUGUAGUAAAAGCUUUAGCCAGCGCUCAGACCUGGUUAAGCAUCAGAGAAUCCAUACUGGAGAGAAGCCUUAUACAUGUAACCAGUGUAACAAGCAUUUUAGUCAGAGUUCUGAUGUUAUAAAACAUCAAAGAAUCCACACUGGGGAGAAACCAUAUAAAUGUGAUGUGUGUGGAAAAGCCUUCAGUCAGAGCUCAGAUCUCAUUCUGCAUCAGAGAAUUCACACUGGGGAGAAACCAUAUCCAUGUAAUCAGUGUAGCAAAAGUUUCAGUCAGAACUCAGACCUUAUUAAACAUCGAAGGAUCCACACUGGAGAGAAACCCUAUAAAUGUAAUGAAUGUGGUAAAGCUUUUAAUCAGAGCUCAGUCCUUAUUCUGCAUCAGAGAAUUCACACUGGAGAGAAACCCUAUCCAUGUAAUCAGUGUAGCAAAACCUUCAGUAGACUUUCAGAUCUCAUGAAUCAUCAAAGAAUUCACACUGGAGAGAAACCUUACCCAUGUAGCCAGUGCAGUAAAAUGUUUAGUCGAAGAUCAGACCUUGUUAAACAUAAUAGAAUUCAUACAGGUGAGAAGCCCUAUGAAUGUGAUGAGUGUGGGAAAACCUUUAGUCAGAGCUCAAAUCUUAUUCUCCAUCAGAGAAUCCACACUGGAGAGAAACCCUAUCCAUGUAGUGAUUGUACUAAAAGUUUUAGUCGUCGUUCAGACCUCGUUAAACAUCAAAGAAUACACACUGGAGAGAAGCCGUAUGCAUGUAACCAGUGCAAUAAAAGUUUCAGUCAAAGCUCAGACCUCACUAAACAUCAGAGAGUGCACUCUGGGGAAAAACCCUAUCAUUGUGAUCAUUGUGAGAAAGCUUUCAGUCAGAGUUCUGACCUUAUUCUUCAUCAGAGAAUUCACACUGGAGAAAAACCAUACCCAUGUACACGGUGCAGCAAAAGUUUCAGCCAGAACUCAGACCUUAUCAAACACCAGAGAAUCCACACUGGGGAAAAACCAUAUAAAUGUCCUGAGUGUGGAAAGGCUUUCAGUCAGUGCUCAGCUCUUAUCCUACAUCAGAGGAUCCACACUGGGGAAAAACCAUAUUCAUGUGAUCGGUGUGGCAAAAGCUUUAGUCGGCGCUCAGAUCUCAUUAACCAUCAAAGAAUCCACACUGGUGAAAAGCCAUAUAAAUGUGAUGCAUGUGGGAAAGCCUUCAGCAUAUGCACUGAACUUACUGAACACCAGAGAAUCCACACUGUGGAGAGACCCCACACGUGUGUUCAGUGCAGCAGAAGUUUUAGCCAGCUCUCUGAUCUUAUUAAUCAUGAGACAGUCCAUUCUGGAGAAGACAGGCUAAGUGUGAUGAAUGUGGGAACACCUUUAGAGUAUACACCAACUUUAUUUCGUACCAGGGACACUAUACCAGAAAAAAGUCUUAGGAAUGCUAUUGAUGAUUAUGAAAAAGGUUUUAAUCAGUGCUCAACUCUUGUGCUACAUUAAAAAAACCACACACACUGGACAGAAAACAUUAAGUUCUACAAAGAAAGUUCAACUGAGAGUUCAGACAUUACUAAACUUAAGAAAAGUUCUGAAGAGGAGUCCUGUGACAUUGGGAAAACUUUCAAUAUGAAUAAAAGUAUUAACCGAAUGUCAGCAACAAUGGAAAGAAAUUUCUGUCUGCUAUAAGGGAAAACAAGCCCCUGGUCUUUUAUUCAAAUAUAAUCCACAAGGGGAGAGUUUUAUCAUUUUAAGAAAUCAAAAAUAAUAUUGCAGAACCUUAGCAGGUAUUGUAAAGAUGUGAUGGAGUGUGCAAUCAGCUCAGAAGAAAAUGUGUUAAGUGUUACUAUCUCAAACCUUUAGUGAGCCCUAAUUAUCUAUUGCAUAUCAGAAGUUACUUUAGAGAUUGUAGGGAAAGCUUAAAUCCCAUAUCUUAAUUGGCAUUCACUCAUAAUUGGCAUGCCACUGACCUCCUGACAAUGGAAGAGUCCUACCUGAUGCUCACAUUAGUUACCUGUCAUUAAAUUCCCUGUGUGUGAACAUGCUAUGCUAUUCUGGUAUUAAUACUUAUUAACUACAUAACUCCAGUGCCCAGUUUUCUCAGAAAAAAAUUUUUUUUCUUUGGCCUAGUUUUGGUUUUCCUAAUGAGCACGAGUUUUCAGGUUCUUGCAAUAGUCACAGCAAAUAUGGACUUAAUGCUUUUGGUAAUGCAGCCCAUAGACUAGUGGUUUGAAAUCACUUCUUCAAUAUUACCAUUUAAUCACAGUUCCUAAAUAUGUGAAACAAUUUUUUUUUAAAAAUUCCAUAUGUCAGUGUGAAGAUUUCUCUAGAACUGUUUAUCUUGUCAUCUAUAGAUUGAACAAAAAUGAGAGCCAAAGUAAUGCCCACAUGACUAAUUUGUAUACCAUAUUCUGUCUAAAAAUAAAAAACAUUGAAUUUUUCAAGUGGCAACAUCAGACUUUGGUUUGUUGAUUUCUGAUAUACAUAUGAUAAUAGGCUACUAUAUGCAAAGUUUUCAGCUGAAAAAUAGAAACUUUAUUUUUUUUAAGAUUUUAUUUAUUCAUUUGACA